AUGGACUUGGAGCAGUCCCACCAGGAGUUAGUCAAGUGUGUCGUCGUGGGCGACACCGCCGUCGGCAAAACGCGCCUCAUCUGCGCCAAAGCGUGUUCUCAAAACGUCCUUGAAUUGGGGCAAUUAAUGUCCACUCAUAUCCCCACUGUGUGGGCAAUCGACCAGUACCGAAUUCACAAAGAGGUUCUUGAACGAUCGUGGGAGGUGGUAGAUGGCGUCAAUGUGUCACUGCGUCUGUGGGACACCUUCGGUGAUCAUGACAAAGACCGUCGCUUCGCCUAUGGCAGAUCCGAUGUUGUUCUGCUUUGUUUUUCCAUAGCUAAUCCACUUUCUCUUCGAAACUGCAAGAACGUUUGGUACCCUGAAAUUCGCAAAUUCUGUCCCAAUACUCCCAUUGUCUUGGUUGGCUGUAAAAAUGAUUUACGCCACAUGUUUAGAGACGAAAACUUCCAAUCACUGUGCCGCGAACGAAGUCCAUUCUUCAGGCCCUUACGAGAGUGCGACAUUCUCACUCCUGACCAAGGUCGGCAGGUUGCUAAGGAGAUGAAUGCCCCCUACUACGAGAGCAGCGUCCUCACCGGUCACGGGGUAAAGGAGGUCUUCGAAAAUGUGAUUCGCUCUGCUUUAAUAUCCCGUCGCCACCAGCGCUUUUGGAUGACCAAUCUAAAGCACGUUCGAAACUGUCUGCUCCAGGAGCCGUACUGCCCACCUAGGCCCCUCAGUCCCCAGCUAAAAGUGCCCGAGUCACAGUACGAAAAGGAUAUGCGCUCUCUGCUGAGUCGCCAGGCGUACACUGAUGUGGUCUUUGUGCACAAUGCUGCCUCCGUUCACUGCCACAAAAUUGUGAUGGUUGCGGCGUCUGACAUCUUCCACACUCUCUUCACCUACCACCACUACAAUCAAAUGUCGAAGGCUCACACAUCGAACAGCACCAACAGUAGCACCAGCAGCAGCACCAGCAGCACUGACCGAGCCCUAACGAAAUGCGCCAGUGACAUUAGUAUUGCCAGUUCAAUGGACGAGUUCGACCGACAGAAGCACAAACUGUUCAACGACGACAGUCUGCUUGAUUGGAGCAGUGUUGAGGGUGACGCCUUCUUGAUGGACAACCUCACUCGUUGUUUGCGCUAUUUAGAUCUGGUUCAAUUCAACUCUUUCACCACUGACUACGAUGAACUGCUGUGCAAACUCAAAAAGUACAUUGAUGAGGUGAAGUGUGGCGUCUUUGCGAAGCGAUUCGUUUUCUUUGGAAUUGAAAAGGGAUUGUUUUCAGAUGUGAUUUUUAAGUUGGAAGAUGGCACUUGCUAUGCACACAAGGCGGUUCUAAUGGCGAGGUGUACUUUUAUGGAAGCCAUGUUCAAAGGCAACUUUCAGGAAAGUUCAAGCACCAUGAUCGUUUUUCCUGGUGUGACUCGUGAGACGUUCUACAACAUGCUGUACUACAUUUACUCAGACCACCUAAUCGACAGUGUGUCUCACAAGAACUGCCUACCUCUAAUAGAGCUUGCCAAUCAGCUCUGUCUCUUCCGGCUGAUUUCCCUGGUGGAGGAGCGUAUCAUCACUGAGCUGGUGCAGAUGGAGAUGCACUCUGACAUCAACGCCAUCGUACUUAAGCUGCUGGAGCCCGCUCAAAUGCACAACGCCGAUCAGCUGUCGGACUUUUGCCUGUACCAGAUUGCAGUCAGCUACAAUGAGAUAUGUCACAAUAACAGUAAGCUACUGCGCUCACUGCACCCUGAAAAUCAAGCGUACUUGAACCGCAAUCGGUGGCCACCGGUGUGGUACCUCAAAGAGCGCGACUACUUUGAGCGGUGCGUUCGCGAGCGAGAGUGGAGCGAGAAUCCGAAAAGUUUCAAGCGUCACAAGAUGAACAGUGGGUGUUUCUGCUUCUCAAAGUCAAAGUCCAGUCGUGCCCUGCUCAAGGGGCCACACUCUUCCUCGUAUCUGCCCAUUACCUUCAAAAUCACCUGA